AUGUUCUCUACCACUCUUGCCCUCACCACACUCACCAUCCACACCGCCCUCGCCCUCAGCCCCUCCUGCGCACCAGGCGGUAACUUCGACCUCACAAAACGGACCCUCCAACUCCCCACCGGCACCACGAACAACCCCGACCAAAUCCCCUCCUCUAGACUCCAGGGCUGCAACGGCUACCAAGACCCCGGCCACAACUACUUCUUCACCGAAUCCGGCGACGGCGCCCUCGUCAUGAAAGUCCCCGGCGACCCCCCCAACACCAACUGCGUCACCACCUCCGGCAGCAAACACUGCCGUACCGAAUGCCGCGAGUCCUCUCCCUCCUCUUGGUCCACUACCGCCUCUAAAAAUCGUAUGUACGUCGACCUCAUCGGCGUAUCUGGAAGUCAAGUCUGCGUGGGUCAAGCGUUCCAGGCAGAUAGCGGGUAUUCUAAGCCUGUGGCGGAGAUUUAUUACUAUGAUAAUGGGGAUAUUAAAGUGGGGGUUGAGAAGGUUAAGGCGGGAGGGAGUCAGAUGUUGUAUCAGGUGGGGAAUGUACAGCAGGGAAAGAGAUGGAGAACAAGCGCCACAAUGGCGACCGACCAGGAAGAGAUUGCAAGUGACGGCGAUGUCAUCCUCGUUGUCGGCGAAGAGACAACGCGCCUGCGAGUCUCCUCAAUGAUGCUUUCUGCCGCCUCACCUGUCUUCAAGGCACUGCUCGGACCCCACUUUCGCGAAGGACAGCAAGCACGAUCUGCUGCCGACCCUGUUGAGAUCGCCCUGCCCAACAAUGCCUCCGAGCCAGUCACCUGGGUGUGCCUGCUUCUCCACCACAAGGUAGCCCUCGAGCUCGAGGCCAACAAGGUCACCGAGAAGCUAUUUGAUUUUGCCGUCACCGUGGACAAAUAUGACUGCAGCGAGGCACUGCGCCUCCAGUCUCGUGCUUUGCUGAGCCAGCACGCCGAAGACAGGCCCAAGCGGCUGAGAUCUGAUGCCGCCGACGUUCGGAUCAUCGAGACUGCUUAUCUUCUCCGAGAUGCCAAGUGCUUCAAGCAACAGACUGGACGCCUCAUCACUCAUCUUCGCGGCAACUCGAGCAUGCCACAAGCGAUUCGCCGCUAUAUACAUAUGCUACCGGAGUCUGUACUUGCUGCCAUCGAAUGGAAACGUAACGCUGCCGUGAACUCUUUUCUCGAAGACUGCAUGAGCAUCGCCCAGUGCUACUACGACAAUGCACAGUACGACUACAACGGCUUCCAGACAGACGUCAGCCAAGCCAUCGACGCAAAGAGAUAUUGGCCGCCCUUCACCCAACGUAGCAGUACUGCCUCCCUGAAGAAGGCUGUGAAAGUUCUCCGCGGCUUUGGCGUCUAUUACAAAACUUGUGGGGAGUGCGCCUCUGUGCAAGACUAUCGAAGCAAACUCGAGUUCGAAGACCUGUCACUCGUAGCUGACCGCGUGGAAGAAGAUUGCGAAGGUCUUUGCUUAGCCUGUGUGUUGUCGGAGGAUGCGGAUCUCAAGGUGGCAUGCACGAAGCACACGUGA